UGUGCCAAUUUGUCACCAUGGCUGAUAAAUUAGAUCGGCUCUAUAAACUGUACGACGAUCUUGCCAAGGCAGAAAAGGAGGGAAAACUUACCGAAAACUCAGCCAUCUACGAGACCAUUAUCUCCAGAGCCGCUACUGGUGACUCACAGGAAAAGCGAUUAGUGUCGCAGUUUAUUGCCAAAUUUUUCAAGCAUUUUCCGACUUUAGAAAUCCGCGCGGUAGAAGCUCAGAUCGAAUUAUGUGAUGACGCCGAUAUUAACGUUAGAAAGCAAGCAAUUCACGAUCUUCCCUCGUUUUGUGCGAAGGGAGCAGACGAUCCUUACAUAUCAAGGAUCGCGAUUGUUCUUUGUCAACUACUAACAGUUGAGGAUCGCGGAGAAUUGGCUAUCGUCGAGAAGUCCUUAAACACACUUCUCCGCCAAUCGGUUCAUGCAACUGUGAAGGGUGUCGUUGGCCAAAUGGUUUCUGCUACCUGUGAGGAUAGUAUGCGGGAUGCUUGUAUUCGUUUUCUUGCCUCGAAAGUCAAUCUCAAAGCGCUUGACAGUGAGACAGAGCUUAUGCUCAUUGAAGAGGCCGGCAAAGUGGCAGCCCUCGUCGGUGGAGAGGAGUUUGUGCUGCUGGUUAAGCUCCUCAAUUCAUUAAAGAUCUCCCGUCAAGUAUCACAACAGAAAUCCAUACUGAAAAUGAUCUCGGAUCAAUUGCAACUGACGGUUCCAGUGCCUGCCGCCCCCGAUGCUAACCAGCUGGUUAAGCUAACCGUCUGUCUACCGUUGGCAUUGCCGUUGUUCUCGCCAUAUGCUACAUCCUUGCCGUAUGUUGCCUAUCUCGUCAACACAUUUCUACCCACCACAACACUCGAGGCCCCUGAAAGUCUGGAUAUUCUAAAAGUUCUGGCGCAAAUGGCGCCACAUGCUCUUAAGCCAACUGACGGCUUGGACAAUUCGUCAGCUGUUGCCGGAGAACCAGCCGCUGAAGUGAGCGAAGAAGACCAAGCACGACGACGUCAGCUAGAUGGACUUGUCCAGGGACUGUUCGCAAAGGUCUGCGAACUCCUGCCUACGGUGCCGGCAGACGACGAUCUUGAGAAGGAUCCGGAGCUGCCAUCGCUACAGCUCAGCCAUCUCGAGUGCCUCCUGUUCACGUUUCAUAGCAUCGCCAGAAAGAUUAAACCUACUGCACUUGAUGACGAAGUUGUUCUUAAGGAUGUCCGGCAGCGAUUGCAGUAUCUGAACCGAGGUCUACAGGCAGAAGCCAAGAAGUUCAAAGGACUGAUUGCACAGGGCAUAAAGCUUGAGACGGAAAAGAAGCGCGCGCUCUUUCUUGCUCUUAAAACCACCUCGAACCUGACAGCCUUUAUUAAGGAUUGGUUUCAUAAUCCACCUACAUUUAAGACCAACGUCACCCUUUCAUGGCUACAGACUGGGUCAACUAAGGGAUCUGAUGGCAAAAAGCAAGCAAAGGACGGUAUCAAGGCAACGCCUAACGGGACCGGCAGCGGGAAUCAGGAAAACAAACGUAAAGCAAUUGUUUUCGACAAGGAAGGACCCACACCGGCUAAGAAAGCCCACCGAAAUGGCAGUAGUAGCAACGGGGGCGGCAAUAGGCCUGGUCGCCAACUAUACCAGGCGCCCCGUGGAGGAGGCAGAUUCAGGUCGAGGUGGUGAAUUGAAUCAAUGAGUGCAUAGAUUCGAAGGAACAACUACUAGUGUGAUUAGGAAAUCCACACUUAACGAUUACCUCCUGCGGAGGUUUGGGCCCGUGCGGUUGGAAUCAAGGCCGAGCUUCUGGUGCGUUUCGGUAUUCAUACAAUGAGUGGUAAGUAUAGCACCGAGUAAAUAAGGUGACAGCGUUGUUGGGCGGCUGUAUUAGUCGAAAUCAGUUCAUCUGGGUAACAAAGACGCACCUGGUGUCUAUUCGUUCCGUAAAAAUCGCGCGUCCUGCCGACGAAUACGGUUCCUGUGGUACCUUAUUUCCGUUUCACAUCUGAAGGACCUUAGAUCUUAGCCCGUAUGAGCUUUCUUUCCAUGAUGGUUGGGAUACUUUGUGUCGAUAUACGACUUUCUUUAGUUUUGGCGGAAUUUUUUUGCUCUGCUAAUUUUGCGAUUUAUCAAAUUGGUGAGUCCUCACCAGUCAAGUAUACUUUUUUUCGUAGCCGCCUGGCAGUUGCCAGUUCCUUAAAUCCGAUGAUAUGGGACAACGAGGUUGCCAGAGGUAUUAAUAGAGUUGUAGUGUACUACAUUGAUCUGAUUGGAAUAUUCACAAAGGAAUUAUGUUUGUUAAGUUACUAGGUUCAAAUUUAAGCUUUGGUUUUUUUAUGUGGGUGUAUACCCAUUUUUUGGGAUCGAUUGCGCAGUGUUUGGUAUAAGAUUUGGUCGUCUAAGUGUUUGGUAUAACAUUUGGUCGUCUAAAUGACCCGAAACAAAUGAGACUAUAUCAAGGAAAUGAUUUUGCAUAGCAAAUGCAUACACUCUGACAACGUUGUCGAAAUAAUCGCUUCUCACCGCACCAGUGAGCUUAUUGUUACUUAUAUACCUGUUUAUUUAUUUGUCAAUAUUAGUUUUUUUUAAAACGGCAUAGGUCAUCAUUUUACUAAAACUAUAAGUUAAACCGUUUUUUGUGUGCUACCAUUUAUUCAUCACACUAACCUCCUUUUGCAUCCUUAAUGAAUAAAUCCAAACAGCGCAGAGCACACACUUUAUUCAUAAAGACGACACAUAAGCUGUGUAUCACUAUUUGAUUGCACGCAACAGGCAUUCGCGAUUUUACUUAAAAAAUUAGCCAAGGCGUGCCCCGCCCAUCUGUACAUCCCUGUACAUAGGAUACGGCGUUAGGCGUUUAAUUUCACUUCAACGUAGAAAAUUGUUGUUGAUUGACAGCACUGCGUGAUAACUUCUCUCAGGAUUGAUAAUCUGCUUCAGGCACAGAGCGCACAUUUUCCAGAGAUAUAUUACUACCAAAAAUAAAUGGUCAAAUACAGACAGACUUCCUCACGGCAAUAGCAUAAGCGCGGGAUCGUGUCGUCUCCUUUCUCUAUCUGUGAGUUGAGGUGAGAAUAAAAUUCACUUUAUCCAAUACACGUAUUAUUUAAAUAAAGCGGGACUGUUCUACUGAAGGCGAUAACAGUAGUUCCUAUCGCUCUCCGUGAUAUCAAUCAUAGAGUACUAUUCUUAGAGGAUCGCUAUACCACUUCGUCGAUUUCAUCAUCAACACGAAACCAAUACGUAAAAUUGGUGUCCCUAUAUAAUAUAAUAAUUGAAACAUGUGUGUGUCCUGUCGUAAAAGUACUCAAGCAUAACGGCUACGGGGAAACCAUCCCCAAAAAAA